ACCAGGGAAGCUCAACAGAGUUCUGCAUUCUGAGUCUGGUGUGCAGAUGCUGCUCAGGCGAGGCUGGAGGCGGACGGCACUCCUGUUGAUGCAGCAAAGAGCGCGAUCCCACGGCACAAACUGACUCCCCACCUGGAAGGAAGAUGAAGGGUGCCACAAGGCCAUGGAGCACGGCCCUCUCCAAGCAAGGGUGCCACGGGACAGAACGAGGGAAACCUCUGCCCUCCGCCCCCGUGGGCAUGAAGACCUCCAAGUCAUCCACCUCCCUCGCUUUCGACUCCCGGCUCAGCAAGCUGAAGAGAGCCAGCAGUGAAGACAUGCUCACAAAGCCAGGCGUCAUGGCAGCCUCAGGAGGCUCCCGGCUGAAGAAGACCAUCACCACGGGGGCCAUUUCCGAGCUGGCUGAGAACCGGCUGCGGCCUGCCACAGGUUCCAUCCCGUCGGCAAAGCGUACUGGGAUCCCAGCCCCGCGGGAGCUGUCGACUGCCCCGGGCAGAGAGAAGGCGGCCCUGAGACCCAGGAAGGCUCAGCCCAGCCCCACUUCCUCUGGGGCGCCGACGCCCACCAAGCACUCGCGCCCGGCCCCCAAGUGCAAGAAUGAGGGGGACACCGGCGAUAAGGCCACGCUGGAGUCGCAAGUCAAGGGGCUGCUGGCCGAGGCCAAGACGAAGGACUCCGAGAUCACCAAGCUCCGGAGCGAGCUGAAGAAGCACCAGGACCGAGAAUGGGUGCACUGCGAGCUGGACCACCCCGCAGGGGUGUCGCCAGCCGAGGGGGAGCCCCUAGUCCACACCCUCCAGGACCAGAACCGGGCUUUCCAGAGGGAGCUGGUGAGCCUCAGGGAGGAGAACCGCCUCUUGAGAGAGAAACUCAGCCGCCUGGAGCAGUCACCGCUGUCAGACACCCUGAGCAGCAGUGGGGGCUGCGGCAGCAGCCUUGCCACCCCCACCACGCAGGAGUCGAGCUUCGGCAGCCCCAUGCAGCCCCCCGGGAACCUCCGCGCCAACGGCGGUGCCCCCCUGCGGAACUCGGGGUCGUCCAGCAGCGACGUCACCAAGGCGUCCCUGUCUCCGGACGCCUCGGACUUUGAGCACAUCGUGGAGGCGCCGUCCAGGCCCCCGUCGUCGGGGAGCCACCCCUCCCAAGCCCCGCAGGACUCCCCCGCCGGGAGCUCCCCCAACAACGCCAGCGACCUCUCGGUGGCCUCGUUGACGGAGCGGAUCCAGAGGAUGGAGGAGAACCACCACUGCACGGCCGAGGAGCUGCAGGCCACCUUGCAGGAGCUCUCCGACCAGCAGCAGGUUGUGCAGGAGCUGACGGCCGAGAACGAGCGGCUGGCCGAGGAGAAGGCCCUGCUGGAGGGCUCCUUCCGGCAGCACCGCGAGAGAGCCGAGCAGCUCGGCCAGGAGAACGAGAAGCUGGCGGCCCUCCUGCAGGAGCGGCCGGCCGGCGACGAUGGCAAGGCCAAGACCAUCCAGGAGCUGGAGCAGCGUUGCGGGGAGCUGCAGGAGAAGGCCCAGUUUGAGCGGGAGAAGCUGCUCAACAUCCAGCAGCAGCUGACCAGCAGUUUGCGCGGCCUGGAGAGGGAGCACCAGGAAGCCCAGGCGGCCACACGGGGCCUGCGGGAGGAGGCCGAGCGGCUGGGAGGCCUGCUGGAGGCGGAGAGGCAGGGCACAGCUGGCCUGGCCAGGGCCCUGGAGGACUGCAAGGUGGCCCUGGAGGGGCUGAGGAUUGAAAACGGCUCGCUUCGGGCCCAGCUGGACAGUGCCAAGCAGAAGGCGGCGGACAUGGACACCGUUGGGCGGGGCGGGGACCCCGGCGCCAUGCAGGAGAUGCUGAAGGGAGCCCGGGGGGAGAGGGACCAGCUGGAGCUGGCCUGCACGGAGCUCAGGCAGGAGCUGCUGAAGGCGCACAGCGAGGUGAAGACCCAGCAAGGGCAGCUGGCCAAGAUUGAGAAGGAGCGUGCUCAGCUGAAGGAGACGUGCGACCGUCAGGCGGACCAGCUCAGCCGAACCAACCUCAAGCUCCAGGAGAAGACGUCGGAGAACGAGGCCGAGAUCAAGAACCUGAAGGAGACCAUCUUUGAGCUGGAAGACCAGGUGGAGCAACACCGGGCGCUCAAACUGCACGACAACCAGAUCAUCAGCGAUUUGGAGGGUAAUCUACUGAAAAUGGAAGUCCAGAAGACGGAUUUGGAAAGGCAGCUGAAGACCCUGAACAAGCAGAUGAAGGAGGACACGGCUGAGUGGCGCCGCUUCCAAGCCGACCUGCAGACGGCGGUGGUCGUGGCCAACGACAUCAAGUGUGAGGCCCAGCAGGAGCUGCGGACGGUGAAGCGCCGGCUGCUGGAGGAGGAGGAGAAGAGCGCCAGGCUGCAGAAGGAGCUGGACGAGGCCCAGGGAGGGAGCACAAGAUCUCUGAUCCCAGUCAAUUAGCCGGGCCCUGGAUGAAACACACAGCCAUGCGAGGGGUUCAGGACCGCCACACUCCUCCUUGAAAACAUGGGUGAAGAAUACUGGGUUUUAACCUGGGAAAGAAAUAUCUGAGCACUUGAAACAAAAUGAUUUCCUGGCAUUUUCUCCAGACCGUCAUUCCUACGUGUUCUCUGUUCUUUUUUCCUCUCUGAAACCUAACUUUUAAAAGGGGGAGAUUUAUUCUCUCUGAAGGCUACGUGGAAGCAAUAUGUGAGAAGCUGAAGUUUCGGGGUUGCUGCAGGCCCUCAAUUUUGCAAUCUGAUGCUUCAGGUUUUUUUAAAAAACAACCCAGCUCUGGGCAUGGGAAAGAGCCGGUAAUCUGCACACUUGAGGUUCUCCGCUGAGAACGACCUGCCACCGCACAUACCUCUUUGUUCUGGGUUUGCCACAGCAACUGUCCACACGGAGCACGGAGCAAAUGUCCAUUUGGUGGGGCUGAGCGUUGCCCAUCCAUCACCCGGCGGUCUUCACCUGCCUGGAUGCUUCCUCAAUGUCCAGCAACAGGGACCAGCCACUAGGUGGCAGCACACGACUUGAAACCCAGAAACCCAUUUGCUGUUCUGCAUACCACUUGCUGCUACUUUCCCUGAGAUCUGAAGGCAGGAUAGAAGAAAGGGCAGGUGGCAAUGAGGGUCGAGCGAGGAUGCCCUCGGUAGCUGCACUACAGAGCCGUCUUCUUGCGCCCCCACUUCUCUUCCCCCCCCCUUUGCAAACUUGGAAGCUGCUUGAAUUCUCCUGACUUGCAGGGGGGGCUGUGGGUCUCUUUCUCUCCAACUUGAAGCUACCCUUUUGGAUUACAAGAAUGCUUUGAAAACGUUGGGCUUGCAUCGCUGACGUUUCAGCCCGGGAAAUGGCUCCUUCCCCCCCCCCCAGACCAAAAGCGCCAAGAUCCCGGGAGCCCACGACCCUGCAGGGAGUCCUCUCUACAGAGCCGGCAGAAGGGUGGUCCCAUCUAUCCCUUGUGGAGGCAAUCAGAAGUCCACAUUUUGUUUUAUUUUACUCCUCAGAAUCUUUACUCAGGGGAAGUCUGUGGCAUGACCGACGCUCAUUCUGAAAUGCCCUGAAGUGCUGUUUUUGCGUUCUCGCAGAACAGUUGCUGAGAAAUUUGCACAAGUAGACUUUUGAGGGCCGGCAGCGGCCAGCCUCUGAGCCAAAUCUGGAUCGGUGCCAUUUAGCCCUCCAGCCCGAGAGAUGUAAGAAAGAGCAUGGAUGAACAGUGUCUUCACUCGUUACUAUUUUCACAGGGGUCCUUGGCUUGUUUCAUCCCGCUGCCUUGUCAUUGUACCCCCUCCCACAAGUCCCUGGGAGGUAGAAUAUUGUGAAAUUCCUUUCCAGCCGGUUUCUUAUAAGAAGUGCUGUUUCACUUGAAGAACUGACCCUGGAUUCGCUUCUUUCCUUUUCUCUUCCCGUCGCAUUUUCCUUUUGUGCCGCGACAGUGUGCCUGCCGGACAGGGAAUCCUCUCACCUUGAUUGUAUGUAAGCCACUCGGCUUUUGGGCUGAGGAGCAGGUUGCAAAUGCUCUAGAUCAAUAACAGCAAGGGGAGGGAAACUUCCAGCCUCGCACCCCUCAUCAUGCCCUUGUGUAGUUUUGCAGAAGGCACUGGGGUGGUGGGCUCCACUGGGAUCCCAGCAGGUCUCUGUUGAGAUUGUGCCACACAUAAAAACUUCAGACACUUUGCUUGAUCAGAGGCGCUGAGGUCAAGCCUGGAGGCCCACCACCUCCUCUCACAGGUGGUGGGGACACCCAGAAGUGCACCCGCCGUGGGGCAGAUCCCACUUGCAGACACUGGCGUGCAAUUCAGGAAUGCUCUGUGAUUGGACCACUUGACUUCCAUACUUGUAAACAUGCUUGAACCGGUAAUGACGACAAUUUGCUGAGCCACGUGUAUGUAUGUCUGUGUGUAAGAGAGGGAGGGAGAAUAAUAUUUCAACAGACCUGUACAAAACUGCAAAUAAAUCUGCGACUGGCAGCCAGGUGUCCUUCUCUGCCUCUUCUCUCUGUACCUUUGUCGGUUUAAAAUACCCGCUGCGCCUUCCUUAAACGUAGAUGUGAUCACAGCGAAUCUCCUGUCUGUGUGUGUGUGUGUGUAGAUUUCUACCUGGCGAGCACAUCCACACAGGUAAUGCUGGCUAGCUGCGUGGUAAGACUGCACCGCUGUUUACGUGAAGCCUCCAGCUCCUGAGGCAGUCUACCUCUGAAGACCAUUGGCUGGGGAGCAACGGUGAGAGGCAGGCCUUGCCUCCAAGUCCCGUGUCUCUGUGUUUUCCAGAAGGCACUGUGGGAAACGGGGUCCUGGAAUAGACAGACCAUUUGUCACAUCUGCUGGAGGGAAGCUUCUGUUCUAUGUGAGCACCUGCUCUUUUUUUGCAGUAUGCAUGCAGAAUAGCCACCUGUGUGUUCAUGCCCAGUAGCCCUUCGCACCCAGUAAAAGGGUUUUGGGGUCACAGCAAAGCCUUCUCCAACCUGAUGAGCUCCAGAUAUUUUGGUCCACACAACUCCUAUCCGCCCCAGGUCCGGACAUGGCCACUUGGGCUGGGGGUAAUAGGAGGUGUCGUCCGAAACAGGGCUGUGUCAGCUGGGGUUGGUGGGAGCUGGAGUCCAAAACAUCUGGAAAAGCAAAGGCCAUCGUAGCAGAUUGGUGUUUAGCCGGCCUCCUCCUCGGGAAAUGCUUAAAAACAACUUGGUCCUCAUUUUAUCAUCACGGGGUUGGGCUGGAUUUUCUGUUGGGUCCCUCUCAAUGGUACAAUUCUGUCAUUCCCCACCUGAGCAAACCCCGUGCCAUUGUGGCCCCCAAGGCCCCCUUCUCCUCUGGUCUGGUGCAUGCAGAAUAGCCACCUGUGUGUUCAUGCCCAGUAGCCCUUCGCACCCAGUAAAAGGGUUUUGGGGUCACAGCAAAGCCUUCUCCAACCUGAGCAAACCCCGUGCCAUUGUGGCCCCCAAGGCCCCCUUCUCCUCUGGUCUGGUGCACCAGCCCCAAGGGGCAAAUGCUGGCUGGGAACCCCCCCCCCCCCGGUCCUCAUUCCCCUGCUCUGCUGCCCUCCUGCAGAAUCCGGCCUCUGCUUGGCCUUUUGUGCCCUGUUUUUUUUAAAAAAAACCCCAGCCCAGCUGCUGCCCCUCUUAUUCAGGAGCCGGAAGCACACCACUCCAGUCUGCUAAAAAGCGAAAUUGAAAAAAUCCAAGUGGAUGUGUCUUCUUCCUAAACUCUGUUCUUUCCACACCCUGUAUUGGAUCAGGCCAGGACUGGGGUGAUAUGUCCCCAGGGGACUUUUUGCCCCUCUCACCGCUCUCCCCUUCCCUUUGGCACAAAAUCCGGGCACUUGGUGAGGGGGCAGGUCAGGCUGUGUUCACCAGGAGACAGUGCCUCCCUUGAGCUGUGAGCAAGGCUCCCCCACCUUGGCCCUGCCGUUCAUUGCCCCUGCUUCCCAGGGGCUCUUGUGCUGCAGAGAGAAGGCCGGGAUGCCAAAAGGGGGGGGGGAGAGAGAGAACCCCCUCCCAUGUACAUCUCCCCCCCACCAAAGUAUUCAGUGCCUAUUAAUAGCCCAGCCAAAGCCACGCAGCUGUUUGGGAAUGGACUGGGUGCCAGGGGGAGGGAAAAAAGAAUGGAUCUCAUGAGGCUCGGAGGAGAAAAGAGAAGCUCAUUCAGCGCAGAAUCUGAUGGUCUUUCAUCCGUCUCUUGUGCCUGUUGUCAUCCCCCCCCCUUUCCUGCAUCCACAUAAAUGGCGAGUCAUUGCAUUGCAGGUGGCGAGCCAAAUUUAAAAGCAUCAAUAGCAAAGCAACCACUGCAGCCAUGAGUCUCAAAAACUGACCACCCCAAAAGGCCGCACGGCCCUAAGUUCGUUGGUUUUCAAGGGGUACCAUAAUAAUUAUACUUCUCGUUAUGUUAAGCCUGGAUAAGUCGCUUGGGUAACAGGGUGGCAGAACAGCUGGUCCUGGCUCCUGCACCUCUUAGAAAAUAGCGUAAAAUGCACUUUCCAAUAUCUCAAGGGCUGUCGCUUGAAAUACAGGGCAAUCUUGUUUUCUCCUGCUCUGGAGGGGGGGGGGACCCAAACCCAAGUUCCAAGAAAGGAGUUCUGACUAAACAGCAGGAAGAACUUUCUGACAGCAAGAGCUGUUCAACUGUGGAACGGUCUCCCUUGGAAGGUGGUGGACUCUCCUUCCUGUCAUGCAAUGAUCUAGUUGCAGAGAUGCCCUCUUAUCAGGAAGUCCAUUCUCCACAGUGUGGGAAUCGGGCACCUCCUAACCUUUGGAACUCUCUUCCGUCGCAUAAUCAAGCAGGUAGACCUUGGCUCUCCAAUCCUGCUUUGGCGGUAAAUGUUCCUUUGCUGGCAGCAAAUUAUAAAGCUGUGGGAGAAAUCCUGCAAGAAAUAAUGAUAAUACUUAGCUUUUGCAUUAUCUCUUGUCAUCCUUAGCGUUAUUCGACAGCGCUUUUACAUUAUUUCUGUCAUCUUUGUCAUUAUUUUAUAGCAUUUUUACUUUAUCUCUGUCCUCAUUAUUCUGCAUUGCUUUUACAUUAUCUUUGUCCUCCUUACAGCGGGUCAGUGUUGGUAUAAGGAUCUUGUCAAUUUUGGUCUUUUUUCCUCCUCCUUCAGUUCAUUCUGCCUCACUCCUGCGUUCGUUUUUCCCCCCAAAUCCUCAUGAAAACGCUUCAUCGUUUUUAGGGAAUAUUUCUCCCAAUAACUUUUUGUAUUUGCAAGCAAUUCCCCCCUCACGUAAUGCAUUUUUGUAUGCUGUUUUCACUCGGACACACGAGUGGGGAACCUUUGGCGCCCUGAUGUUGCUGCGCUGCAACUCCCAGCAGCUCCAGCAAGCAUGGCCAAUGUCAGUGAUGGGAGUUCUAGUUCAGCAAGAUCUGGAGGGCCAAAGGUUCCCCACACCUCGUUGGGUUUUUUUACCCCAUUUUGAAGAACUGAAUCACAAAAUCCAGAGACGUGCAGCUUUCUAAGGACAGCUGCACAUUUGUUUACCACGUUGUUUCAGGAUUGCGAGGGGGUUGGGCUAGAUGACCUUUGGGGGACCCCUUCCAACUGUACAAACCGAUGAUUCCAGGAAGUGGGAAGGAGGUUAAAAUGCAGGCAAACACAGGCAAAAUCCCAGGGCCAGGACUGUUUCACAUCCACCCCACCAGGGACUCAUGCAGAUCGAGAGGAUUCCUCCCUCUCACCUUCCUCUCAUCUCUUCC